CAGAUGCCGCCGCCGCCGUGGAGACUCAGGGUUUUGAGCUGGGAGCGGGGGUCUUCGGGCACAUAAUUAUAAAAUAUUUUCUCCGGUGUAAAUAGAUACACCCCGCCCUUCUCUCCCCGCUCCCCAAAUUAUAACCCACGUAACGAGAAGAAAACAUGAAACGGAAGGAACUGGAAAGUUUGUUGCAACAAGUUGAUGGCUUUGAGAAGCCCAAAUUACUUCUGGAACAGUAUCCGACCAGGCCCCACAUUGCAGCAUGUAUGCUAUAUACAAUUCACAACACGUAUGAUGAUAUUGAAAACAAAGUGGUUGGAGAUCUAGGAUGUGGCUGUGGAAUGCUUAGUAUUGGAACAGCAAUGUUAGGAGCAGGGUUGUGUGUUGGAUUUGAUAUAGAUGAAGAAGCAUUAGAAAUAUUUAGUAGAAAUGUUGCAGAGUUUGAGCUGACAAAUAUUGACAUGAUUCAGUGCAAUGUGUGUUCUUUAUCUGAUACAAUGUCCAAGUCCUUUGACACUAUAAUCAUGAAUCCUCCCUUUGGGACCAAGCAUAAUAAAGGUAUGGAUAUGUCAUUUCUGAAGAUUGCUUUACAAAUGGCAAGAGUAGCAGUAUAUUCCUUACAUAAAACUUCAACCCGAGAAAAUGACCAGCCACUUAACCCUUCCUUUACCAUUCUUAUGGAUCAUAUUCAAAAGAAAGCAGAUGAAUGGAAAAUUAAGAUGGAUGUUAUAGCAGAGCUACGAUAUGACCUACCAGCAUCAUACAAAUUUCAUAAGAAAAAAACAGUGGACAUUGAAGUGGAUUUAAUUCGGUUUUCUUUGUAAAGACCCCCAAAUCUGAAACAGCUUAAAACUUAUUUAAAAUGAAUAAAAAUUUUUGUAUCAA